AUGAACCACUCAGAAGUGAAGGCUGGGCUAAUCGUCACUGCAAAGCAGACAUACUACCCAAUUGAACUGUCCAACGCAGAACUACUCACCCAUUACGAAACCAUACAGGAGUACCACCAGGAAAUCUCUCAAAAUGUGUUGGUCCAAUCUUCCAAGACAAAACCAGAUAUAAAAUUAAUCGAUCAACAACCGGAGAUGAAUCCUCACCAAACUAGAGAUGCCAUAGUGACAUUUUUGUAUCAGCUCUCAGUGAUGACUAGAGUAAGCAAUGGUAUAUUUUUUCACGCCGUCAGGUUUUACGAUCGCUAUUGCUCUAAGAGAGUGGUUUUAAAGGACCAGGCUAAACUUGUUGUGGGCACCUGCCUUUGGUUAGCGGCUAAGACUUGGGGUGGAUGCAAUCAUAUUAUAAACAACGUUUCCAUCCCCACAGGUGGUAGGUUCUACGGUCCCAAUCCGAGAGCUCGUAUACCACGUCUUUCCGAACUGGUUCAUUAUUGCGGCGGGUCCGACUUAUUCGAUGAAUCAAUGUUCAUUCAAAUGGAAAGACACAUUUUGGACACUCUAAAUUGGGAUGUUUACGAGCCCAUGAUUAAUGACUACAUCUUGAAUGUCGACGAAAAUUGUUUGAUACAAUAUGAACUUUAUAAAAACCAGCUACAGAAUAACAGCUGCAACAACAAAGAAUGGUCGAACAAAAGAAAGUCACAGUCUUCUGAUGACAGUGACGCCACAGUGGAAGAACACAUAAGCAGUUCUCCACGAAACACCGGACUGGAUGGCGAUACGACUGCCAUGGACGAAGAUGAAGAACUCAAUUCCAAAAUCAAACUAAUUAAUUUGAAAAGGUUUCUGAUUGAUUUGUGCUCUUGGCAGUACGACUUGCUCAAGUAUGAAUUGUAUGAAAUUUGCAACGGUGCAUUCUUCAUAAUAAACAAAUUCACUAAUCAAGAUCAAGGUCCAUUUCUUUCUAUGCCCAUCGGUAAUGAUAUAGACUCGAACACUCAGACGCAGAUAUUUAGUAUUCUCAUCAAUGGCAUAAUCAAUUCUCCCUCAUCUUUGGUCGAAGUCUAUAAGGAGCAAUAUGGUAUAGUGCCUUUCAUAUUACAAGUGAAGGACUAUAACUUGGAAUUGCAAAAGAAACUGCAGCUGGCAUCUACCAUAGAUCUAACAAGGAAAAUUACCGUCAAUUCUCGUUACUUCGACCAGAAUGCCUCUUCAUCAACAGUUUCUUCUCCAAGCACAUAUUCUCCAGGAACCAACUACACUCCAAUGAGGAACUUUAGCGCACAAUCAGACAACAGCGUCUUCAGUACCACUAACAUUGAUCAUUCAUCGCCAAUCACUCCUCAUAUGUACACUUUUAAUCAAUUCAAAAACGAAAGUGCUUGCGACAGUGCAAUAAGUGUAAACAGUCUACCCAACCAGGUGCAAAACGGCAAUAUGCCAUUACCGAGUAAUUAUCAAAACAUGAUGCUAGACGAAAGGAAUAAAGAAAACCAAAUGCCCAACCCUUCAUCCGUCGAAAUACCGCAACGAGCAAAGUUUAUGACGACAGGCAUUUUCCAAAACACAGUAGAACUUACUAAUAGAGCAUCUUCGAUAUCACUAUCGAUAAGAAAUCAAAACAGUUCUCAACUGUGA